CCGUGGGACUGGAGCGUACGCUGGAGGACCUCUCGAGGGAGGUGCUGCGCCGCCAGCCGGACGACAUCUACCGCUUUUGCCAUGCCUUCUUCCAGCGCAGGCUAGCAGAGCGGAAGGACAAGGCGUCGGAGGGAGCCGACGGGCUGGCCUCCGUCGAGGCCCGUCCCAAUGAUCUACUUCAGGAGGUGGAUGGCGACGAUGAGAACGCGCUUAAGUCGUCGGGCUCUGACGGUCCACUGGAGUACAAGGACGAGCAGGUGGAGCGGUCGCAUCAGGCGGCACUCCUGGUCGGGGCACUAGGCGCUGCGGCCGCCGGCGCUGCUACCGUCGGAGCAGUGGCCGGCGCCGUCCGCGCCGCCGAGAGAAACGACCAGGCCGACCCCAGAGACACAGAGGCGCGCGACCACCAGGUUACGCCCGGCUCGGAGGAGACGACCGAGGAGGAGACGCCAAGGCCGAAGGAGACGCCUGAGGAGGGGUCGCCCAGACGGCACAGUGACGAUCGGGACGGGAGACGGACGGGUCGAGAGACGCCGGCCGGUCAGAGCCCUGCGGGAGAUACUCCAGACUGGGAUCGCGGCAGUCCAUCCCAGCAACACGGCACGUCAGGGUUAAACAGCGGCGGUGCAGUUGCCGUCGCUGCUGGCCUCGCCACCGCCAUGGGCGUCGGUGGUGCCAUGAUGUUGUCAGCAUCACCCGCAGAGGACGUACCAGUGGUGUCAGCAAAACACCAGCAGCAAGAGACAUCAGAGACGACUCCUUAUCCGCAAUUUAAAGCGGAGGGAGGAUCACGAGCUCAGUCGCGGUCAGAACAAGGCAGUGCAGGUGUCCAAUCACGAACUGCGGGGAAUGACGAAAGUGCCCCCUCGCGGGCUGGAGAAGAUGGCUCACGUGUUCCCUCACGAUCUGAGCAAGAUGGCUCGCGCGUUCCGUCACAAGCGGGGGGAGACGAGUUACGUAUCCAGUCGCGGGGUGCAGAUGAUGGCUCACGUCUCCAGUCACGAUCUUGGGAAGAUCACUCGCGUGUUCAAUCACGACUUGAGAAAGAUGACUCACGUGUCCGGUCACCCCUUGUAAAUGAUGGCUCACGCAUUCAGUCGCGGUCUGGUGAAGAUAACUCACAUAUCCAAUCAGGAUCUGAGGAAGAUCGUUCGCGUGUUCAGUCACAAGCUGCAGAAUACGGCUCACGUGGCCAGUCGCCAGCGGGCGAGCAUGGUUCACGUGUCCAGUCGCCAGCGGGCGAAGAUGGCUCACGUGUCCAGUCACGAGCUGGGGAAGAUCGCUCACGUGUUCAGUCACGAGGUGCAGAAGAUUUCUCACGUGUCCAGUCACGAGCUGGUGAAUAUGGCUCACGUGGCCAGUCACCAGCUGCACAAGGUGGCUCACGUGUCCCGUCGCGAGCUGGGGAAGAUGGCUCACGUGUCCAGUCACGAGCUGGGGAAGAUGGCUCACGUGUCCAGUCACGAGCUGGGGAAGAUGGCUCACGUGUCCAGUCACGAGCUGGGGAAGAUGGCUCACGUGUCCAGUCACGAGCUGGGGAAGAUGGCUCACGUGUCCAGUCACGAGCUGGGGAAGAUGGCUCACGUGUCCAGUCACGAGCUGGGGAAGAUGGCUCACGUGGCCAGUCACCAGCUGCAGAAGAUGUUUCACGUCUCCAGUCACCAGCGGGCGAAGAUGGCUCACGUGUCCAGUCACGAGCUGGGGAAGAUCGCUCACGUGUCCGGUCACGAGGUGCAGAAGAUGGCUCACGUGUCCAGUCACGAGCUGGUGAACAUGACUCACGUGGCCAGUCACCAGCUGCAGAAGAUGGCUCACGUGUCCAGUCGCGAGCUGGGGAAGAUGGCUCACGUAUCCAGUCACGAACUGGGGAAGAUGGCUCACGUGUCCAGUCACGAGCUGGGGAAGAUGGCUCACGUGUCCAGUCACGAGCUGGGGAAGAUGGCUCACGUGGCCAGUCACCAGCUGCAGAAGAUGUUUCACGUCUCCAGUCACCAGCGGACGAAGAUGGCUCACGUGUCCAGUCACGAGCUGGGGAAGAUCGCUCACGUGUCCGGUCACGAGGUACAGAAGAUGGCUCACGUGUCCAGUCACGAGCUGGUGAACAUGACUCACGUGGGCAGUCACCAGCUGCAGAAGAUGGCUCACGUCUUCAGUCAUCAGCGGGCGAAGAUGGCUCACGUGUCCAGUCACGAGCUGGGGAAGAUCUCUCACGUGUCCAGUCACGAGGCGCAGAAGAUCACUCACGUGUCCAAUCACGAGCUGGUGAACAUGACUCACGUGGCCAGUCACCAGCUGCAGAAGAUGGCUCACGUGUCCAGUCGCGAGCUGAUGCUGGUUCACGUGUCCAGUCACGAGGUGCAGAAGAUCACUCACGUGUCCAGUCACGAGCUGUGGAAGAUGACUCACGCGUACAGUCACGAGCUGGGGAAGAUGGCUCGCGCAUCCAGUCACGAGCUGGGGAAGAUGGUACACGCGUCCAGUCAUCAGCUGUAG